CCUGCCCUGUCCUGCCCGGCUAGCCAGAAGAGGCACGAGCACUCGAACGCUAGCCGCAACACCACCGACCCCAAACAGCGCCGCGCAACAAGCCCGCACCCCGUUCCUCCUCGUCGUCGCGUCGACCCCCGCAUCUCGCUCGCUCGCUCGCCCUCUCGACGGCGACCACCAUGGCCAUCUCGGCCUUCUUCGUCCUCAACCUCAAGGGCGAGGUCCUCAUCAGCCGCCUCUUCCGCCCCGACCUCAAACGCUCCAUCUCGGACAUCUUCCGCAUUCACGUCGUCGCCUCCUCGACCCCACCAACCUCGCCCUUGAUCACGCUCAGCAACACGACCUUCUUCCACGUGCGCCAUGGCGGCCUCUGGCUCGUCGCAGUGUGCAAGCACAACGCCAACGCCGCGCUCGUGUACGAGUUCACGUACCGGUUCAUCAACCUCGGCCGGUCCUACUUCGGCAAGCUCGACGAGGAGAGCGUCAAGAACAACUUUGUGUUGAUCUACGAGCUCCUCGACGAGAUCCUCGACUUUGGCUACCCGCAGAACUCGGAGUCGGACACGCUCAAGAUGUACAUCACGCAGGAGGGCGUCAAGUCGGAGCAGGCGGUCCGAGAAGAAGCGUCCAAGAUCACGAUCCAGGCGACGGGCGCCAUCUCUUGGCGGCGCAACGACGUCAAGUACCGCAAGAACGAGGCCUUCGUCGACGUGAUCGAGACGGUCAACCUCAGCAUGAACUCGAAGGGGACGGUCUUGAGGGCAGACGUCGACGGGCAGAUCUUGAUGCGCGCCUACCUGAGCGGCACGCCAGAGUGCAAGUUCGGCCUCAACGACAAGCUCGUCAUCGACAAACCCGGCGACUUGGCGCGAGCCAAAGCACCUCUCGGCGGCCUCGAGACGAGCUCGGUCGAGCUCGACGACUGCCAGUUCCACCAGUGCGUCAAGCUCGGCAAGUUCGACUCGGACCGCACCAUCUCGUUCAUCCCGCCCGACGGCGAGUUCGAGCUCAUGCGGUACCGCUCGACGUCCAACAUCAACCUGCCGUUCCGGGUGCAGCCCAUCGUCGAGGAGAUUGGCAAGUCGCGCGUCGAGUACACGGUGCACGUCAAGGCCAUGUUCCAGGCCAAGCUGAGCGCGACCAACGUCGUCAUCAAGAUCCCGACGCCGCUCAACGCGGCGAGCGUCGAGUGCAAGGUCGGCGUCGGCAAGGCAAAGUACGUCCCGGGCGAGAACGUCAUCGUGUGGAAGAUCCCGCGCUUCCAGGGCGGCUCGGACGCGACCUUUACGGCCGAGGCGUCGCUGUCGCAGACGACGGUCCGCAAGGCGUGGUCGCGCCCGCCCAUCUCGAUCGACUUCCAGGUCCUCAUGUUUACCGCGUCGGGCCUGCUCGUGCGGUUCCUCAAGGUGUUUGAGAAGGGCAACUACCAGAGCGUCAAGUGGGUACGAUACCUCACAAAGGCCAACGGCUCGUACCUCAUCCGAAUCUGAGCUCUCCUCGCGUCCCGCUCCGUGCCGUAGUCUGUGUACUAGUUGUGCCAACACUGCCCCCUCGUCGUCCCUCGCCCGCGCUAUGUACAGCACCCUCUCCCGAGAGCUCGGGCCCCGUCACGGCUUGACGACACACACGACCCUCCCGACGCGCCCGUCCUCGAGCCGC